CCAAUUAAAUGCGAAGGAAGGCUUAAUACAAAACCCAAUUAAACCUCCGACGCCUAAAAAAAAUCCAACCCCCUCACAAAAAAAAAAAAAUAAUAAUAAAUAUUGAGUGAGGUGAGAAGGAGAAGGGGAGGAGUGGCAAUUAUUAACUUGUUUUUUUUCUCCCUCAGUUCAGUAUAAUUAAACUGAGAUUCUGUGAGUUGAUGAGUAUUAGUCAGAGCAGAGGAAGGAAAAAAUAGAAAAAAUAAUAAUAAAAGAGAGAAUGAAACAGAGUAUUCCCAUUCUCUGUUUUUUUCUCUUUUGAAAACUAUUAGCGGCUGAUUUUGAUAUUUUUAUUUUUGGGUGGUGGUGGCGAAUAGAACCAGAUGGCGAAAACGGGGGUGUUGAGUUCUGAUCCAACGGUGAGAGCGAGAGCGGCGGAAUUGAAGAAAGAAUUGCAGAGGCUGGUUAGGACUAUCGUCGACGAUGAGGAUUAUAGCAUCCAAACCAUCGAUCAAGCUAAAGAUGCUAUUUGCUGUUUGAGAGAGCUUAAGUUCAAUAAACGAUCAACGGCCACCACUACGACGUCGUCCUUGAAGUUACAUGAAGCCCUGUCGUGUCCUCAAGAGUUUAAAUGUCCUCUUUCUAAAGAGCUUAUGAGAGAUCCCGUUAUUUUAUCUUCUGGCCAGACAUAUGAUAGACCCUUUAUUCAGAAAUGGCUGAAUGCAGGCAAUAGGACUUGCCCUAGAACCCAACAAGUUCUUUCGCACACAGUUCUCAUUCCGAAUCACCUUAUCAGGGAGAUGAUAUUGCAGUGGUGUAAGAGUCAGGGAAUAGAAUUGCCAAACCCUGUUCAGUAUGGUAAAGAGGAGGGCGUCACGGAAGCAGAGCGUGACCAUUUCUUUUCUUUGCUUGAGAAGUUGUCCACUGCUCUUCCUGAACAAAAGGAAGCAGCAAAUGAGCUUCGGUUGUUGACAAAAAGGAUGCCUUCAUUCCGGGCUCUUUUUGGCGAAUUUGUUGAUGCCAUUCCUCAACUGCUCGCCCCACUCUCUGGAAGCAAAUCUCAGAGUGGUGUUCACCCUGAUCUCCAGGAAGAUGUGAUCACGACACUCUUGAACCUUUCAAUACAUGACAGCAAUAAGAAGAUGGUUGCUGAAACUCCAAUGGUUAUUCCUCUUCUUAUGGAAGCGCUGAGAACUGGAACUAUUGAAACAAGGAGUAAUGCAGCCGCAGCUCUUUUUACUCUAUCUGCUCUAGAUUCUAACAAGGCACUUAUUGGUAAAUCAGGUGCCUUAAAACCUCUCAUUGACCUUCUAGAUGAGGGUCAUCCAUUAGCAAUGAAAGAUGUUGCUUCUGCAAUAUUUAACCUAUGCAUUAUUCAUGAGAAUAAGGCAAGAGCUGUCAGGGACGGUGCAGUAAGUGUCAUUUUAAAAAAAAUUAUGGAUGGCGUGCAUGUAGAUGAGUUAUUGGCUAUCCUUGCAAUGCUUUCAACCCAUCAAAGGGCUAUUGAGGAAAUAGGGGAGCUUGGAGCUGUUCCUUGCUUACUCCGCAUUGUAAGGGAGAGCACUUGCGAACGCAACAAGGAAAAUUGCAUUGCAAUCCUCCACACCGUCUGUCUCAAUGAUCGAACCAAAUGGAAGGCACUAAGAGAAGAAGAGAAUACUCAUGGAACAAUAUCUAAGCUUGCUCAAGAUGGAACUUCUAGAGCCAAGAGAAAGGCUAAUGGCAUUCUUGAGAGAUUGAGAAGGGCCGUUAAUAUUACUCAUACCGCAUGAAGAUACUACUCAAAGGCAACACUACCAAGUGCAUCAUUUGUAAAUUCUGUUUCCAACACCUGGUGAUCAGUGCAGCUUAUCAUCAUUUCGAUUUUGUAUAGUCUUAUCCCUCAAUCUAAGUUUUAAUCUCAGUUUUAUGAGUUAACCACUGUUAAUAAUCACGUUGGAAGAUUAUGUCUAUAAGAUUUCUGUUUUGUUUGUUCCAAUAAUUUUUUACCAGCAUUUGGAUUUUACAGGCAGCAGAAUAUUGGCUCUUUUUAAUUGUUUCCUAGCAUCCACUCCUGUUCUAAUUCGAAUUUCAGUCAUGCAUCAGAUUCUCUCCUUUUCUUUUAAUCCUAAUUCCUGCAAAAUUCACAUGUCCUUUUUGCAGCUACUUUAAUUUUACUUUCCAUUUAAUUUUCUCCCCUUUUCUACCAGUCGCACUUCAUCCUUCAAUCUUGGAUUUAUACCAGAAAGAUUCAAUCUUCUAACUUCGGCUUUGUCCUUCGUAUUGUCCAUAAACUAUGCGUCACACGACGUAGAUACUUUGAAGUUUUCUUGCAACAGCAAAGGGCUGGCUCUUUCACUCAACCUUCAACCGAGGAAAGAGCCAAUCUAUCACACUAUGAGUGAUUGAUAAAUGAAUCCAAAAGUUGCAUGAAUGGUCCUUAAAAGAGUUCGGUGUGGAACGGGAAGAAUGUGUCCAUAUUGAAUGGCUCGGUGAUUUCUGAUGUUGUGGUCCAUCCAAUUUGUUGCCUGCCUCUUUCCCCAAUCCCCCAAAGUCUUCAAUGUUACAGUCUCUGCCCCAAUCCCUACUCUCCAUUCAGACCCGAGAAAAGCAGGAGCCUAUUUUCUUCUUCUUGUACUUCUCUGUAAGCUAUUAUUAGCAACAGUUGCUUGGUUUCCUUCACCUCCUUUUUUACUCCCGUUCAGGCGGUUAGACAUAUGAGUAAUGAAUGUUAGGAGACGGAGUAAAAGUUGAAACUGAGAUGUGAUAAUGACUCGUAUCCAUCUCUAUUAUCUUAUGUAAAAGACUCGUAUUACGGUGCCGACGGCUGCGGCACCUAACCCCUGUUUAAGUAAUGACAACUGACGUCUGAUUUGUGGAUAAAAUUUAAAUUCGAGAAAACAACUGCGUAACAAACAUUCCAUAACAUUACUUUCAAAGCGUGUGUCGGUUUACAGUCUGAAAUUUUGGUGCCCAAA